AUGAUGAAGACAUUGCUGCUCAAGCUGGGAAGCCUAGCUGAGAUGGAUAAACCCAAUGAUGAUGCUGACAAGGAAACCGUGUGGCACUUGCAACAAAUCCCUCUCACUUUGUGCGGCGUGAGGAGGCUGCUUGCCCCCCAGAUGCUGAAGCCCACAGUGGAAGUGCAGGCAGAGGCUACACCUGCCAGCUUCGUGUCCCCCGAGAAGCCCGUCGCAUACUGCGAGGAGGGCACACCCUGUUUCUCCCGCGUGAGCUCGCUCAGCUCCCUGGCCAGCCACCCCGCGGCACCGGACGACCACAGGCACCUGGUGGGCACCGCGGCGUCUGCCCAGGCCGCAGUGCCGACCGGACGAGCUCUACACCCGCAGGAAACGGUUGUGGAGGAGGCCAAGGAGCAGAGGGAUGGUGCAUGUGCUAACAAAGUCGUCACCUUUGCUGGAGCAGAGGAGACACCACUGAUGUUUUCUCGAUGCAGUUCUCUCGGGUCACUGAGCAGCUUCGAGCAGCAUUCGAUACACGAUGACCGCAGCUCUGUCAUAAGUGAUUUCAGACAUUAAAAUCAACAUGUCAACAAUUCAACAGUCCCAGGACCCACUCGGAGAUUCCGAAAAAUAGUUUUAAUUGCCAAGACACAAAAGACUGAGGACUAUCCGGAACCAGAAAGUGUGCUUAUGAUGAAAGGAACAGGUGAAACUAGAAAGGAAUGUUGUAGUAAGCAUGUUUGCUUUAAUUUUAUCAGAAUGUUUGACUGUCUUGCAAUUAUGAUUGUGCUCAGUACUUGCAGACCAGAAGUAAGCAGGACUUGAUUCCUUCUUGAAAAGUGUUUCUGCUAUCUCCUCCUUUAGUAAAAUGCUCAAACAGAAGGAUGUGCAUCAAACUGAAUGACAAUAAGUAUAAACUUUUUCGUAACAGCAUUGAUAGCAUAGAAGAUCGUGAUCUUGCUAUGAAUGAAACAAUAUUUCUACAUCUGAAGAAGACAAAGGUUUGUCUAAAGACCGUGCCAAUAACAAAAGGAAGUGCAGCAGAAAAAAUUACUGGGCUCCUGUGAAGUUUCCACUGAAGAGUACCGAGAGCAUUAAGCUGUUUACUUCUGAGGACCACCAACUGAAUAUGAUUUUCUAUUGGAUGUAUAAAAAUGUAAAGAAGUCUUGCAGUGAAGAUUAUGGAGCAGUAGAACUAUGCAAAGGUGAAGUCUGUGUGGAAAGAAAAGAUAGGUCAAAUCAGGAAAAUGAGAGGAAAUAGAGAAGCUAUUCAAUUCACGAAAAACAAAAAUGUAAUUCGCUAGAAAAUAGGAGACAAAUCAUUUAAUGACCGGAAAUAAGUCAAGCCCACAGACUGCCACAAGGAACUCCAACUAUGAGAAAGAACGACUUGAUGACUCCAGCUUGUGAGAAAUA